UUAACCCAAGCAGACCUGCACUGCCGCCGGGAUCUCUCACAUUUAACCCCGCUGAUGUGAUGAGAAAUCAAACUAUAAUGGAUGUAGGUGGAUGUGCCUUUGAUGACGGAUCUUUUGAAGAGGGCUGCGACACUCAGUCAGCUGGAUCAGGUUUUUGAUAAAUGUGAGGGGAAAUCACUCCGAGGUGUUUAUAUAGAGACUCUGCUGUUGUGGAUGGACAGGUCAGGAGUGCAUAUGCAACAGUGUGGGAGCUCCGCUGGAUUUAUUUAUCGCAUCCUUCUGGAUUUAUCUGCCUCAAGAAUCCGUUUCUUGGUCGGAUGAAAUAAAAAGGAGAAUGUAUGGAAUAAACCAGCGCUGCAUUUACAUAUCGUUUCAUUUUUUCGUGCUGUGGUGCCAUGCUCAGGGGGAGAAUCACCCGUCUCCUAAUUUUAACCAGUAUGUGAGGACGCAGGGCGCAGUGACGGACCAGCUCAGCCGCAGACAGGUCAGGGUUUACCAGCUCUACAGCCGCACCAGCGGGAAACACGUCCAGAUUCAGGGCAAAAGGGUCACCGCCACAGCUGAGGAUGGAAAUAUGUACGCUCGUCUGUUUGUCGAGACAGAUACCUUCGGCAGUCGAGUAAGGAUAAGAGGUGCAGAAAGUGGACGCUACCUCUGCAUGAACCGGAAGGGGAAACUUGUUGGAAAGCCCAACGGCCGGAGCAGGGAUUGUAUCUUCACAGAGAUAGUACUGGAGAACAAUUACACGGCCUUCCAGAAUGCCAAGUAUGAGGGCUGGUAUGUGGCUUUCACCAGGAAAGGGAGGCCCAUCAAAGCCUCCAGGACAAGGGAGAACCAGAGAGAAGUCCAUUUCAUCAAGAGGCUACACACGGGCCCGCCACCCUUUCCCAACACUGACCAAAGCAAACACUUUGAGUUCAUCCGAUUUCCGGCCACACAUCGAGCGAAACGGAACAGGAAAUCACGUACCUCUUCCUAACACGCAGCAGGAAAAAAUGGACUGAUGACAGCCGUGAUAUAGGGAGAAACAGAUUGUGAUUUUAUUUUUGUAUAUUUUUGAUAGGUAAAAGAUGGUUAAAAUGCCAUAAAUCUAAAGUAAUAUUGCUGUAAAAUGAUCAUGUGUAAAUACUGAAAGAGAGUAAAGCAGAUGGAUUAUAUUUAAUCUUCCUGUGUGUCUGUGUUGACUGGCGGAGAGCUGCG